UGUGCGGUAGUUUUGUAAAGUUUUGCUGUUGUUUAUGGUUUGUGAAAAGUCAUAAAACAAUGACAAGUAUAAAUAUUUAACAAAAACAAGGUCUAAAAAACCAAAGAUGGUCAAUUUAAUAUCAUAUACGACGAAAAAAAACGUUAGAACCAACUCAUUUGGGAAAAUAAAGUAGUGAAAUGAUAAAUCAAUUAUCAGAAUUGUCGCAAUAAUCGAUUCAAUAUCAAACUUUACUUGUCUAGUUUGAAUAAUUCACAUGAACUAUCCAGCAUUUCACGAGAAAAAGUCAAGAUGAAGCAUGAAAAAUCAUCUUUCUUUUCUCUUUCUCGCGUUGUAAACAAACACCGUCAUCCUUUUGUCAUCCGUCCCAUUGUCAGAGUCUGGAUGUGACCUUUCCUCUCCCCUCUCUGCCUCUCACCCCUCGUAGCCUUUUCUUUUCCUCCCAUCUCUCUUUCACUGCCGGAGACAAGCUGUUGCUCUGUCACUGCGGGCCACUCCCUCACUUGUCUGCUCCUCUUUUCUCCUCCCCCCUGCCUCCCUCUCUCUCUCUCCCCUCUCCCCCACCUGUUGAAGCAAUUGUUGCACGGACCGUAUUGUUGUCUUCUUAUUAUUUUAUGUCGACGCCCCUUUCUUACGGUCCCUCUGUGCCACUCCCUCUUUGGCUCUCCCUCCCUAUAAAACUCAGAGAGCAGAGUUGAGGGGUGAUAUUCAGCAGAGCACCGCAGGAGGUCAAACUAUUUCAACAAGGGCUGAGGAGGAUCUGCAGGGAUUUACCCAUCUUCUAGUAACCUGCAGAAGAGUCCUGAGGUGACAGGGGGACACUAGCUGCUGUGUUUCUUUCCCAUUUGGACGUAAUCGAGUACAUAUUUUACCCAGCAGGCCAUGCAGAUGGACAAAAGCGUGUCUCUGUCUCUGUGGUGUGAGGAGGUGGAGGACGAGCAGAGUCACACUGAUGCCCAGGCCCCGGGUCACACCACAGGCUCGUCUCAGCUGCGAGCCGCCUGGGACCCCACCGUGUCCGGUCACCGCGUCAUCCAGAGGCUGCUCCACGUGGAGGAGAGGUACAUGCCCUCCAUGCUCUACAUCACACUCAUCCAGAGGGAUCCAGAGCGCAGGGAGGAGCUGGCCAAAUGGGCCCUGGAGGUGUGCUGUGAGUGCGGCUGCGACGAGGCAGUGUUCCCUCUGUCCGUCUCUCUGAUGGACAGGUUCCUGUCCGCCUCUCUGUCUAUACCUGUCUCACCAUACUGCCUGGCUGCCGGCUGCAUCCUCAUCGCCUCCAAACUCACAGAGUGCGACAACGUCACCGCUGACACUCUCUGUGCCGCAGCUGAGUACAGCUUCCAGACGUCCAGCCUGCGGGAAAUGGAGCGUGUCAUCCUCGCCACCCUCCGGUGGGACACAGCAGCGGUGACUCCGCAGGACUUCCUCCCACAUUUUCUGGCCUGCGUGGAGGAGAGAGGAGACUCCGAGGGGGAGCUGCUCUCCACCCUGCGGCGGCACAGCGACACGCUGGCCGCCAUGUGUGCCUGUGACUCCCGCUUUCUUGGAGCGCCGCCGUCACUUGUUGCUGCAGCAUCACUGAACUGUGCACUGCGAGGUCUGGGCAACAAGGGCCCCACUCAGCUGGCUGUCAUGGGUGAAGCACUGGCGGAGCUAUGCCAGACGGACCUGGCUGUGCUGCAGUGCUACAGUGACAUGAUCGAAUACGCCCUCCGACAGAGGCUGAGGAGUGGGCUUCAGCAGGGCCCGAUGGAGAAGGACGAGGAGGUGGAGAACGAAAGGCCCGGCACUCCCACCGACAUGAGAGAGAUUGAUUUCUAAACACCGAAUCUUGAAUCUUGAACGUGUGAAUCAAUCAGAAGCUCUCAAAAGUUCAUCAGUCAAACUGAUAUAAAUCCAUUAUGACCUCAAAAUGCUCUGACAAGUUUUCAUAAUGACUGUUAAUUUAUUUUUCACUUUAUUUAUUUGUGAACGAUGUGUUUUCAUCAUGUGCCAUAUUUGAUUAUUAUUAAUUUUAUUGUAGGCUUAGGCGUUGAUUCGAUGCAUUAUAUUUAUACCUUUUAUUUAUUAUCACGUGCAAUUGUUGUCGACUCUUUUUUAAUGUUAAUUUAUUUCAACUUGCCAUGGCUUUGUGUUUGUGUGCCGAAUUUAAUAUACAACAAAUCUAUUUUUCAA